AUGUCGACGCACUCCACAGCAAUGCUGCUGAUCACCAUUGGCAUGAAGGUAGCUGCGCUAGCCGAAGGUAGUGGCUAUGUGGAUCUCUACCGAGAUGCAUACUUCAAGCACAAGAUCGUCACCGUCAGGAACGUGCAAACCGACACGUGCUACAAUUUGGCAUGUCCCGCUAGCGACAAUGUGGUCACGUCCGCAAAAUGGAGUGGUCUCCCCGAAUCGGGUGUCGCGUUCAAGAGCGGAUCGGCCCUUAUCGCGUUUUACACCGAUCGAUACUGUUCGGCAUACCGCAAUAUAUGGCCACUUAACACGCAAAGUCGAGACGAUUUGUAUUUUCCUGAGAACUUUCGCUUGGACGGGAUCAACGAUGCCAUCUCUUCAUUUUUGGUGUUUGACGAGGCGAAAAUGAAAGGACACGAGGACGUCUGCAAUGAAGCGGGACUCCUCGACAAUUCAACCGCUCUAGGCUACGAUAAUGGUAGCGAAGGAAGCAGCACCGUGACCAACAGCACAGUUGAGUAA